UUCCUUGGUCAAGGACAUAUGCACUGUCUGCCUGCAAACCCUUCUUUACCUUCUGGCUGAGAUUAAUUAUAAGAUAGGCAAUGCACCAGUCCCUUCCCUUGUGGAGGCGAGAUGUGAGAUUGGAUUGGCUAUAGCGGCAACACUUUCCUAUGGGGAAAGAUAUAUCGCCACAAUCAGUAUGUCGGACAAUGAAAAGUUUAAGAGAUUGUUUGAAUUCUGUGUCAAAGGGGAUCGAAUUGGUCUAGCUGAUUACAUCAUUACCAAUGGUUGUAACCCAAGUGCGUACGAUGCUCAUGACAGUCUCGGUAAAACAGCUCUUCAUAUUGCAUGUCAGCAUGGACACUUGCUCACCGUACGCUCAUUGAUAGAAGUGUUCGGUUGCUAUCGAUUUAUUAGAGAUAAUGCUGGAAAUCUUCCUGUUCAUUAUGCUUGCCUGCACGGUCAUUUACCGAUAGUAGACUACUUACUUCACUUUAAGGGUGUGAACAUUACUAAUGCAGUUUUUAAGACUGACUCUGAAGGCAACAACUUGCUCCACAAAGCUUGUCAGUCUGGAUCAACACCUGUUGUCAGGUAUUUACAAGCAAUACUCUGCUACAACUCAAAGGAUCAUGUUUCUAGAAAGUUGAAUUUAUAUCACGAUAGUCAUGAAACAUACAACCUAGCCACAAGUGUGAAAUUACUAUUACACCGAAAACUUUUAUUAAUCCAUUGUCUGUUGACCAAGAAUAAACGUGGUGACACUCCUCUGCAUAUUGCAUGUCGUCAUGGUCAUUUGCCUAUUCUGAAAAUAUUCAAGGUAUACAUACCACUCUUGCAACAUCUUAAGCUAUCAAUAACUGCUAGCAAGUCGACACAUUAUGAUGUUGCUGCCUUCAUUUUAACAGUGGGCACUAAACUUGCUUUUGUUGAUGUUGACUCUGAAUCACUACUUGGAGGCCCAGUUUUUCCAAACAUUCAAUCAUUUGAGCUGCUGACCGACCCAAUAGUAGAAAAAGAACGAUUUUAUCUACUCAAAAAACUAUCGAUUCAAUGUCAAUCAUGUUGGAAAUUAUUUGAUCUCGAAGACAUUUCUAAUUUUAAUCGUAACGAUUUAACAGGUGUUUGCCCAACUUGUUUCGACCUUAGCUCAAGAGAUAGGUUUUACUUUCAUUGCAAUAAAUGUGAAAAGUAUUUUAUUCAUCAAUCUCUAUCAUCGAAAUGUAGGGAAUGCUUUUUUGAAGGUGAAAUUAAUCUAAUUAAAUCUAUUAUCAACACUGAACCCCCACAAACUCUGUUUGAAAAUGACGAUCAGUUUGGCUUUGAUUUUUUUUGUAUGUCUGUUGGUCAUUCAGCCGCUCAGAGUGGUAAUAUACAGGCGUACAAGCAAAUAGAAGACGUUCAUUUGGUAGUGCCUAGUGCUGAAACACUCCUUCAUGCAGCAUGCAUCUCUGAUAAUGUUUUUCUUGUUGACUACAUCAUGGCAACAGCAAAGUAUGGGAUUGAUGUACUUGACUCUAAUGGAGUUACUCCUUUACAUGUAGCUUGUGAGUGGGGCUCGCUUAAAGUGUUUUCACAUCUGUCCCGUUUAAUUGUAUCGGUAGUGGAUAUCCCCAACAAAGAGCUUUUGCUUUUACUUGCUUGCGAACAUAAUUGUGUUGAUUUGUGCAAAAAGGUGAUUGCUGUGUUUGGCUGUGUCACACUUCAAUCAAAUUAUGAUUUUGAAACUCCGUUGCAUGUAGCUAGUGCUAAUAAUAAUAUCGAACUUGUCAUGUUGAUUGUUGAAGAGGGUGGCCUAUGCUUCAUAGAUAGUAUUGACGAGUUUGGAGACACUCCUCUUUUUAAUGCUUGUCGUUGCGGAAACUUAGAGAUGGUUAAGUAUCUUAUUGAAAAAGGUUCAAAUCCUUUAUUUGUGAAUGCUGUAACAAAAGAAACAGCUGCCCACAUUGCGUGCAGAAUGGGUAACUCAGACAUCCUUUGUGAAGUGAUUAAGAAACCUACGGACAAUUACCCUUUAUCAGAGAACUGGUACGGGGCAAAACCAAUUCAUUUGGCCAUUGACAGUGACUGUAAAAAAUGUGUGGAAUUGUUGGUACAACACACCCGAAUGGAUUUAAACCAGGUGCUUAAUAACCGAAAUCAAACCCUAGCUCAUUUUAUCUCAAUGACUGGGAAGCUGGAAUUUUCUGAAUCAUGUCUCAAGGUGUUACACGAUUCACUAGACUGGAAUGCUGUGGAUUGCAAUGGUACCAUGGCUCUUCAUAACGCUUGCAUGAGUGACAAUGAAAACGUUGUGAAGCUUAUUGUUGAUGUAUGCUCCAUCACACUACAAACCAAGAACACCCUCAAUACCCCGGUACAUUUUACGGCUCAAUUGGGAAGCAUGGAAAUAUUUAGAUUGCUAAUGCAAAGGAAAUCUCAGAUUGCUGGUUCAUUGGAUGAAUAUAGAGAUAUCAAUGGUGAAACUCCUCUUUAUUUAGCCUGUCGAAGAAAUUUUGAAUCCUCAUACGAAAUGGUCUCUACUUUGUGUGAAUAUUGUUCUGUGACAGCUCAAAACAAAAAACUACAAACACCCUUGCAUAUUGCUUGUCAAACUGGGAAUAUUGCUGUUGUGAGAUUUCUUUCAGAAAGAUUUAAUGGAGAUUAUGUAGAUGAGGAGGAAAACACGGUAUUACACAUAGCCUCAGAAAAUGACUCUUUAGAAGUAGUCAAAACUGUCUUAAGUCUCGUUUCUCCUGUAUGCAAAAACAAAAAUGGUGAAACUCCAAUUCACAUUGCUUGUAGAAAGGGCAGUGUAGAUAUUGUUCGAGCUCUUGUUGGCAAGAAAGUAGAUCUUGUUUAUACAACCAGCGGAAACUCAUAUUUGCAUUCAGCAUGUAAAGGCGAAUCUCUUGAGGUUGUCGAAUUCUUGCUCAAAGAGAGUGGACUAGACUGUAGCCAAAUGAUGGUGGAGAAUGAAGAAGGCAAUACACCAUUGCAUUGUGCUUUUCAAGAAGGGUUGUUGGACAUCAUCUUGUUUCUGUUAAAUUGUAACCAAUGGCAUAUUCUACAAAAGCGAAAUAAAAGCGGAUUAACUCCAUUCUAUUGCAUUUUGGCUUCUGAGCACGUGGCCGUUACAAGGCAGCUUUUGUCAAGUACAGAUAUUGACAUAAAUAUAUUAUACACGCGUGAGGAGCCGCUGCUGCAUUGCAUCCUAAAAUAUUCAAAGGAUGUUCCAUCAAUUCGUAGUUUGGUUCGUUUUAUCGUAGAAAACGACAUUUGCGACCCACUAGCGUGUGAUUCUGAAGGAUAUUCAAUUUUACACUAUUUUUUCAUUCGAAUUAUGGAGUGGUACCUUUUAGGGAGAGAAUUGCACCCAUAUCUCGACUUAGUGCUCCCAGAUCUCUUGGAUUACCUCCUGGAAAUACCACGAGCUCAGAUAAGCAAGCAGAAUCAAUGUGGGAAUUCCCUGCUGCACACUUUUGCAAUGCAUAGCCAAUAUAAUAUAUAUAAGAUUGAAUAUCUGGAGAAGCUACUACGUAAAGCAGAUAUUAGGGACUCAGUAAAUACAAAAAAUGCCGAAAAAAAAACUCCUAUUCAGUUAGCACAAAGAGGGAGGUCUACUCGUCUACUAAUAAAGUAUGGUGCUAACCCUGGCGAAGUUUCAGAACAAUUAACUUCUAUUCUUAACAAGUUUAAGAAAAAACACCCGCUAAAACCUUCGAUUAAGAUUGUUGUUGUUGGUAACUCAAAGGCUGGAAAAACAACGCUUAUUGAAACCAUAAAACAUUUUGACUCCCCAAAUGCAGCUAGUACAGAGCCCAUGGUUGUUGAAAGCCCUACAGCUGGAGUAAAGAUAACUGAUCACACCAGCCAAGUUUUGGGUCUCAUCACCUUCUAUGAUUUCGGUGGCCAGCCGGAAUUUGAAAGCGUAAAUGCUGCAUUCUUAAGUAAUGCUGUUUCUCUGGACUAUCCUCCUAUAUUUUUGUUGCUAGUUGAUGUUGCUAGAUAUGUCUCUCAACUUGCACGAAACACUCAGUACUGGCUUACUUACAUUAGAAACUGUAUCCCUAAUCAACUGGAGGUCCCACCACAUGUAGUUGUCAUUGGUAGUCAUGCUGACUCCAUUCAGAACACUGAACAUUUUAAAUGCCAUUUCAAAUCUGUUGUUGAGAAACUCUAUUGUGACAAAUUUCAUAUAGCUGAUCCAAUUCUGUUAGAUUGCCGUGCAAUAUGCUCUGAGCAAAUACAGAAGUUACAUCAAGUGUUGGCUGAUAGCAGCACUAGCUUACAAAAAACUCUCGAGAUUGAUUGCCGAUGUCAUGUACUGUAUGCCUUCUUAUCAAAUUGGUUUGCUAACGUCUCAGUCGUUAAAUUUUCUGAUGUGCAAGCAAAAGUUGACUCUGUAACGGGCUCAAAAUAUUAUGAUAAGGAUAUUUUGCUCCCAAGUACCACACCUGACUUGUUGCCUUUACUGGAAAGCCUCCACUCUGGAGGGCACAUUGUCUUACUGAAUAGAAAGCAUGUAGACAACUGCUGGAUUGUCUUAGACAGCAAACUAUUGUUUGAAAAGGUGAAUGGGACUCUUUUUUGCCCAAGUGAUCCUGGAUUUCACCCAAAAUUACCAAAAAAUAUUGGUGUCUUAACUCGGAAAGAUCUUGAAUCACUUUUUGGGACGGAACAUCUUGAAUCAAUCAUUGCAUAUGUCAUGUACUCGGAGUUUUGUCAGAAGAUUGAAGAUUCAGAAGUUUUACAAUUGAUUGAAACUGCUUGUUCAACUGUGUCCAAAAACGGCAGUGAACGAACCAGUAUGUUGUUUACCCCGUCACACCUUAGUGAAAUGCAGACAGAUACUGCAGGUUGUAUUGAAAGUGAUACUACUAGUAUUACUAUUGCUUCCACCACAGAUGAACUCGAGACUUACUUCUUUUUUCCAGGAUUAGUGAAACGGGAACGUCCCAAUAAUGUGUGGAGUGAUGGUGGUGGAGAUUCAUCCUAUACUUUCAGUUGGUGUUUGAUAUGCUAUGAUAAUAAUUUUUUGGACACAAGAUUCUUGCAAGUGCUUCUACUGUGAC